AUGACAGAACAAAGCAAUAUAACGGAUAAUAAAGAAUUUCUUAAAACCCAAGAAUUAAAUUCGAUUAAUCAAAAGCUGGAAAAGAGUCUUAUUGUAAAUGUUAAACCAGUUUCUCUUUUAGACAUUCAAAAUAGAGAACAGUGUGCCGCCCUUGUUGAAAAACAAACUGUUUUUACAGAAGACAUUACUGAGGUUUUAUCAAAUAAUCAAGAGAAAGAUGCUGAUGUAUUUCAAAAUGAAAUAGUGAAACUACAUUUACAAAAUAUAAAUAAAUUAGAAAAUUUUAGAUAUAAGAAAGACCAUAUAACUAUCAUAUCAUUCUUUUCUGAUGUUGAUUCCGGUCCAAGAUCUACUUUGAUGGAUUCUGUUCUUGUAACUCCAUUUCUUACAUCUUUUAAAGGCCCCUUUAUUGAAAAGCAAAUGAAACAGGUUAUAAGAGAAACAAAAACGAAACAAUCUGAUGAUGAUGAUGAACGCUUUUUUUCCAAAGUCGAACAUUCCAAUAAUUUGGGUUCCAAUUUUUCAGGUUUUUAUAUCACUAUGUGGAUGAUAUUUGGUUGGACUAUACUACAUGGUAUGAUGAACUACCUUUUACUAAAUAAUUGGCAAUAUAAUGAUAUUCCAUUAGUAAAUUUAAUGACAGAAAGGUUAUAUAUUGUGCUUAUAAUAGAUCUGUCAAUGUGGUUUUCAAGUUAUACUGUAGUUCUUAUUCAAAGCUUUAUCAAAUGGAAUUUACUCUUAUGGGAAUCUACUGGUCGAUAUUUUACCAUAACAUUUGAAAUAGUUUAUUUUUAUUUCUUCCAUUUUCUGGUAAUUGAUUAUUUCAAAAUGAAUUGGAUUUCAAGAAUAUUUUUCUUUUUACAUUGUUUGGUGUAUAUAAUGAAAAUGCAUUCUUUUUCAUUUUAUAAUGGAUACCUCUGGAACAUUACACAUGAAGCAGCCUUUUCCAAAUGGGCAUUAUCUAAAUAUAAGAAUUCUGUUCCAUCACCUGUACUUGCUACCUUGCAAAGAAGUCAAACAUUCUGUGAAUACGAACUUUCAACACAAUCUUCAACAACCGAAUUUCCAGCUAAUAUCUGCUUUAAAAACUAUACAUUAUUUUGUCUUUAUCCUACUUUAGUAUAUCAAAUUGAUUACCCAAGGUCUAAAAAGAUAAGAUGGAUGUACGUAUUUCAAAAAUUUUGUGCAGUAAUUGGUGUGCUAUGUUUGAUGGUCAUAACUUCACAAUUGUAUUUAUAUCCAUACAUAACAAACACGAUAAAUAUCACUUCUAAUGGGGGCUGGCCAGAUUUAUGGACAAGUACUAUCUAUUGGUUUUGUCUAUUAGUAGAUGUUUUGCCUGGGUUUUCGAUAAUUUUUUUAUUAACUUUUUAUUUUAUAUGGGAUGCAUUAUUAAAUUUUGUUGCUGAAUUAACCCAAUUCACUGAUAGAUACUUUUAUGGAGACUGGUGGAAUUGUGUUUCUUUUUCUGAAUGGUCUCGUAUUUGGAAUGUUCCAGUCCAUAAAUUUUUGCUAAGACACAUAUUCCAUAGUUCUAUGAAACACUGGAAACUUUCCUCUACUACCGCUACGUGGGUUACAUUUGGACUAAGUUCAAUGCUACAUGAGUUCUCCAUGUAUGUUAUAUUUUUAAAAGUAAGACCAUAUAUGUUUUUAUUCCAAAUGAGCCAAAUACCCACCACAUAUUUAAGUAAAAGGACACCGUUCAAGGAAAACCCAGCUUUGUGUAAUGUUUUAUUUAUAUUUGCUAUCUAUACCGGAAUGACAACAAUACUUUGUUUAUACUUGGUAUAUUAA